GUGAGCAUCGCAGAUAGAUAGUAGUACAUCGCCCCUGGUCGUGUGGCAUUAUCCGCCGUAUCGAUGUUGCUGGUGGUGCGCGGCCGGAUAGCGGCAACAUCUCGUACUUAGCCGGCCAGCAAUUUGGGCAAUCGCGUAAUGGUGACCACAAAUGGAUAGGCUUUCGGGGCCACCAACACAAAAAAAUAUUAUAUUCGCUAGUUGCAGAUUUCAGUGCAUAUCGAAAAGUAAGAAGUAAUCAAGCGGUGGUGAUUGCAUGAAGUGAAGUGAUCAGUAAUCAAACUCAAGUGGCAAGAAAGGCAAGCAAACGGAGGAAAGUAACCGGGGCACAUGCAACAACUGGAUACGGAUACGAUUCUUGAGCCCUGAACAGCCGUCGCCGACCCACGAAGCCUCCAGACACCACUAGCCAUCAGCCACCAGCAUCCAGCAAUCCGGCACCACCCACAAGUCAAGAUGCACCUGUAUUUGGUGCUGAUCUCGUGCCUGGUGAGCUCCACGCACUGCUGGCAGUUCGACGGCGGAGGUCAUCGGCGGCCGAGGAACACGGGAAGGGGUCCACCAUCCCCAUCGGGUGGCAGGGGAUCAGCCGCUCUUCUAGGAUCCCAGCAGCAGGACAUCCUCUACGCCUGUCCGCUCAACUCGAUGUGCCAGUGCGCCGGACUUCCCAACGAGACAAGCACCCUGAUUGAGAUUAAUUGCAACGAGGUGGCCCUGUACAAGUUUCCAGAGUUCAUGCACAGCAGUGUGCGCUACAUCGAGAUGUCUAACACGCACCUGCAAAGUGUCGACGAUGAGACUUUCCAGGGACUGCGUCUCAAGACUCUGAAGCUAAUCGACAACGAGCUGCAGGAUAUUUCCGAGCGGAGUUUCAGCACGAUGACACACUCGCUGAUGACACUGGAUAUCUCCGGCAACAAGAUGCAGCACCUGCCACUGGAUGCACUGCAGCGAUUGCAUUCCCUCUCGCGACUGGUGGCACAACGUAAUCACAUCACCAGUUUGGAUGGCAAUUGGGAUGCCCAGCACGAUACCCUUCGAUCGCUGCAUUUAUCCGAUAAUGAUAUUACGGAAGUUGCGCCUGGAGGUGGAUCUAUAGAAGUGAUUUCCCAGAGUGACAAUAGUUCUCAGCCCUCGAGCUUGGCAGCAGUUCAGACGAGAUUGGAGACGAGUAAUUCCCUGUACCCACCAUCUCCAAGUUCUGGAGAUAGAACAACAGGAGGCCGACCGUUCGAACAGCUGCAAAAAUUACUCUGGCUGGAUCUGUCCAACAAUCGAAUAUAUCACGUGGCCGGGAACUAUCUUCCCCGAUCUCUGGUGACCAUGGACUUGUCCAGCAAUCUUCUCACGGUUUUCCCCCAGCAACUUUUCGAACAACUUCCCGAGUUGCGAAUCGUGAGCCUUAGGGACAAUCUAAUAAAAAGUGUUCAGUGGAAGGAACUCCAAAUAAGACCAUUAAGAAUGCAUCUGGAACGCCUGGAUCUGGGUCAGAAUUGCAUUGAAAGCCUAGAAUCUGACUAUUUCCAGCAAAACUAUUCGGAUGUUCAUUUGAGGGCCUUAAAUCUGGAGCAAAACUUCGUAACCCAACUCCCGGAAGCCGUGUUCAAAGCCACUGGAAUAGCGCAUCUCGUGCUGGCCUUCAAUGCGAUCGGUCGCAUUCAUCCUUCGGCCUUUGAGGGCCUGACUGAAACCCUGGAGUAUCUGGAUCUGGAGAGAAAUCAACUCACCACAGUCCCAGUGGCCUUAUCCUCACUGCAUCGCUUGAAGUAUCUCUAUUUGACGUCCAAUCAGAUUAGUCAACUGAACAAUCUUCCCUCGUUCACGGAAAAUCUACGAGUACUAAGUCUAAGUGGCAAUAACUUCUCGAUGAUCCCGGUUUUGGGUCUGAAAAACUACACACAACUAUCCUACUUGAAUAUGGGCUAUAAUUCCAUAACGGACAUUCCAGAGGGAAUUUUUGCGGUGGAUUCCUGGGGCAGCAAUUUGCAAACAAUACUGCUGCGGAACAACAAGAUAACCCACCUCCAUUUGGGUUCCUUUGCGGGGUUGGAGCAGAUUCAGGAGAUCAGUUUGAGUUUCAACGACAUCACCAUACAUCAUCCGCUGGUUUUCGAGAAUGUCUCGCGAACUCUCAAGAUUCUGGAACUCUCGUUCGCUGUUUUUCCGGCCAGAAGUCUCGAGAGUCUCGAUCCACUUGAUGCUUUAUUGCCACUUUCCCAAUUAAUUUGGCUGGGAUUGGACAACAAUAAUCUAAAACAAGUCUCAAAUGAAUCCUUCGCGCAGAUGAGGGAACUGAGCUACAUAAAUCUGAGCUUUAACCAGCUGAAGACACUGCCCCGCGGACUCUUUCAGUCCGAUGUCCACAGCCAUCUGGUUGAAAUUGACUUGUCCUACAAUGCCCUCGAGCAUUUGGAGACGCAGACAUUUCACAGCCUUGGGGAUUUGCAAACACUUAAUCUGCAAUCGAAUCGCCUGAGGACCAUUGCCCGGCAUGCAUUUCACAACUUGGAGUUCCUACGCUACUUGGAUUUGUCUCACAAUCGGUUGGUCAAUAUUUCCCACGGUGCCUUCACGGUGAUGCCCAAUUUGGCGGCCCUGGAUCUGAUGCACAAUCAACUGUGUUCCCUGUCCUUGAAGUCCUUUCUCUACGUUUCAAACACCACCACGCCACUGCGUCUGAAUGUGAGUCACAAUCACAUAACCAGCUUCUACGAUGAGCUGAGUAGCUACAUGUACAUCUACCAGCUGGACAUUAGUCACAACCACGUGGCCAAGUCGGAUAGCUUUACGAACCUGGCGAACACGCUGCGGUUCCUUAACUUGGCCCACAACCAGCUGGGCUCACUGCAGAGCCAUGCCUUCGGGGACUUGGAGUUCCUGGAGAUCCUCAACGUGGCCCACAACAAUCUCACCUCGCUGAGGCGCCGCAGUUUCCAGGGCUUGAAUAGUCUGCAGGAACUGGAUUUGAGUCACAAUCAGUUGGACCAACUGCAGGUGGAACAGUUCUCGAAUUUGCGGAAACUGCGGAUCCUGCGGAUUAAUUCGAAUCGGCUAAGGGCACUGCCACGCGAGGUUUUCAUGAACACAAGGCUGGAGUUCCUGGACAUAGCCGACAAUCAGCUGAGCGUUUGGCCAGUGCCGGCGUUCACGGACAUUGGAUUCACCCUGCGCUCCAUUCAGAUGGCCCACAAUAAUCUGGAGUACUUGGAUGCCUCGAUGUUCAUCAACUCGCAGUUCCUGUACGACAUCGGCUUGGCCCGCAACCGCAUCACGAUACUGCCGGACAACACAUUCAGCUUCCUGAACAAUCUGACCAACCUCGACCUGUCACAGAAUCCCCUGGUGACGACCAACCUGCGCGAGGUGUUCGUUCACACGCCGCGCCUGCGGAAGCUGAGCCUCCACCACAUGGGACUGUAUGUCCUGCCCCCGCUGAAGCUGCCCCUCCUCUCCUACCUCGACGUGAGUGGCAACUAUUUGCAGGAGCUGUCACCACUGGGUUCGCUGCGACACCUGCGCCACGUCAAUGUGUCGCACAACAAACUCACGAACGCCAGUUGUGCGGCGGAGCAUCUGCCGCCAUCGGUGCGUGUUUUGGACCUGGCCCACAAUCCUCUGCGGCGGAUAACGCUUCACGAUCUGGCCAGCUUGCGGCACCUGGCCGAGCUGAAUAUCCUGGACGUAAAGGUGGCCAAUCCGCAGGCCUUCUCUAAGCUGCGUUCGCUGAGGAAGCUGCACGCCAGCUCGCAUUCGAAUCUCGGCGAGAUUGUGGCCAGAAUGCCGGGCCUGCAGCAGUUGAGGGUCCACUGCCUCGAAACGAAUAUCGGGCCGCAGCUUUUUGCCAAGUUGGUGAACAACACGAAAAUCCGGCUACUGGAGCUUUAUGGCAGCAAUGUUCAGACGAUUGCACCGGAUGUCUUUGCCGGAUUGUCGCGAAAUCAGCGGCUGCAGGUGAAGAUCUCGCACACCCGCAUCUCCGACCUUCCGCCGGGCAUUUUCUAUGCGCUCCGCGAGGUGCCGCACCUGUCCAUCGACAUCUCGCACAAUCGCAUCAACGCACUGGCCGCCGACAGUUUCUAUCCCAACAAGAGCUACUGGGAUGCCGUGGGAACGAGGAGCAUCAUGGGUGGCCUCAUCACCGCGCACAAUCCACUCGAGUGCGAGUGCGGAUUGGUCUGGUUUGGCCACUGGCUUCGCAGGUGGCUGAGGGAGUCCGCCCAGAUCAAGGUCAUCCAGAAGGACGACCUCAAGCGCAUGGUUCAGCGCGCCCGUGCCAACACUUGCCACGAUCCGACUUCGGGUCGGCACCUGCCCAUCCUGGAGAUCUUUCCCGAGGACCUCCUCUGUCAGGCGAGUGCGUUGAGCAGUUCCGGCCAGCGCAUAUUCCUGUUAUCCUUCGCGAUGGCCCUGCUGAUACCCAUCGCGAUGACCACCAUGACUCUCUGAUGUUGGCUUUAGUUGCCGGCAAAGUAAGUUUUUAGCACAUCGAAUCGGAGGAGGUGGCUUUACUAACCGACUCCGCUCCUGUGGCGAACUGCUGAAGAUACUCAACUAACGGUUGCCUGUAUGAUAUGUACAUAUAUAAAUAUAUAUAUACACUUAACUUAAACUAAUCGGUAGCUACGAAUUUUUGGGAUUUGGCUAAUUGUGAGAGGCAGACCCGUAACAAUAAAGAUACAGUUAAUUGAAAGACAAGCAAAUCGGUUUAUGUCCACUCGUAAUUGAUAAGUUUUAUAUACAUACAUACAAACAAAGUGUAUUUAUAAGUAGUGGAACAAGUCAUGUGCUGGGCUGAUUUUUUUCAGUUCUACAUUUAAGUUCUUCCAACAAAUGACUUUGAUUUUCAUGCAGAAAAUUUGUUAAGCUCGUUAGCAUCAGUAAUUUCUUCCGCUCGUAAACUUCCAAUAAAAAGUUAUAUUUAUAGCUGUCUCAAACUGAAACUUAUUCAUCCGAAUAUUGCCUUUUAUCCCCCUUUCCCUCCCAUUUAUCGCCCAAUGCAUGACGUUGUGUCUUGGCCAACAUUUAAGGUAAUUAAUGCAAUUGAUUACAUACACAGAACCAUACACACACCAGCGAACAUAUGAUGAUUCCUAACACACUCACACACUUAGAGCCUAGUUAUUAAACAAUUUUGCAUCUUCAUAGAUCAACCUAGGAGGAUAAGUUGUUAAUAAUAGUUGCAUAACUAUUUUUAAAGCGAAUUUGCAAGAGAAACGUAUAAUACGAAGUCUAGAUUUAUUUGCCUAUAAUUUACAAUUUAGACAAGGCCAAUAAGUACGUUUAAUAUAAAUACAAAUACGCAUUUAGAUAAAUCGAGAUAUAUAUAAAUAACGAUAUAUACUAAUAAUAUGAACAAUUAUUGGAUAGAAAUUAUUAAUUGUUUUUUAAGCAAGAGUAGCGAACAUUGCACAACUAACAGCAAAACUAGAGAACGGUUUGCAAACUUUGCGGGCAGUCAAAUUUUAACAACACACACGCAGACAUAUAUAAGUACAUAUCAGUUUGGCAAAAAAAUAAUAAUAAUGGUAAAAUAAUGAAAGCAUAAUCGUGUCAUAUACAGACACACAAAACUCCAAGCAAUUUAACUGAGAGGAAUAAAUUACAAAAUAAAAACGUUCCCUUGUUUUUUCGUUCUUUACUCACCAUUUCAUUGCGUUUUUUAUUUGUACCUUUUGAUUUCGGUUACAACAAUGACAAUCGUGAUACUAAUUGUAGUUGUUUACACGACGAUGAUGCAAAAUGCACAAGUAAAAUAAUAAUAAUAAUAAUGAUAUUGAUAAAUAAACUAUUGAACGAGACAAAGUGGACAAAUGAAUUAUGGCAAAACAAACACUUUGAAAAAGCUGCUGGUAAAGCAAUUCUUUUUUAAACUAACCAUUAUUUCAGUUAUCUGCCCAAACCACGUCCAAAAAAUUAAACAAGAACACCAAAUGGAAUUUUUAUCAAAUAAUAUUGUACAUAUAGCAAACGGAAUGGAAUGUUCAUUAUGUUUAUUCAAGCCAGCGUUUAUUUCCAAUUAUUUUUUCAUUUAACGAACAGCGGCUAAAAAAUGCGAAAUUAAAA